AUGGAUGAACCUGAAAGUAGUAGGCAUAAAGAGGUCAAUACUGAAAUUGAUGAUCAAUUUGCUCCAGAUGGCAAGGAUGAUGUUGUUGAUGUGAAAGAAGAGUUUGUAACAAGUGCAGACCAAGCUCAAGCAAAGGCCAUGCGCAAUGUGGGUAUGAAAACGAGUCAGAUCAUGGAUUUUAUGGUCCAUCAGUCAGGGGGUUAUGAGAAGGUAGGGUUCAUUCACAGAAAUUUGCACAAUCAAUUCCAAGCUGAGCGCAAAGUACAACUCGCAGAAGGGGAUGCAGAGGGUGCGUUAGGAUACUUAUUAGCUAAAUUAGAUACAGAUCCAUUAUUUUUUUUCAAAUACACUGUCGAUAAGGACAACCGGUUGGACAAGAUUUUUUGGGCAGAUUGUAGGUCUCGAAUGGAUUAUGCUGCAUUUGGUGAUGUAUUGGUAUUUGAUACAACUUAUCGUACAAAUGUAUAUAAGAAGCCAUUUGUAAUUCUAGCUGGCGUGAGUAACCAUUUCAUGACAACUAUAUUCGGAUGUGCUUUGUUGCCUAAUGAGACAAUGGAGACAUACACGUGGGUGUUGGAAAUGUUAAUGGAGGCCAUGGAUGGUAAAAGACCCAUCUUCGUUGUAACAGAUGGUGAUAGGGCAAUGCAUCAGGCAAUCAAAAGAGUUAUUCCAAACUGCAGACAUCGUUUAUGUUCUUGGCAUCUGGAGAAAAAUGCCUCAACAAAUGUCCACAUACCAGAAUUUACAACUGAUUUUGCACAAUUGAUGUUAAAGAAAUGUAAAAUUGAUGAGUUUGACAAUGCCUGGGAUGCUAUGGUGAAACAGUACAAGUUGGAGAACAAUAACUGGGUGUUGGAUAUUCAUCUGAAGCGUGAUAAUUGGGCUGAGGCAUAUCUCCGUGGUCACAUGUUCGCUGGAAUAAGGAGCACUCAACAUGUCGAGGGUAUGAAUGCAUAUUUCAAUAUAUUCCUAAACUAA